GUGCUCUCUUCCGCUUAGCCAGCGAUAAAGAAAGGACCAAGCGGCGCCAAGCUGUUGGCUUCGCGGGUCAAUUUUUGCAAGUUGUUAGGCAGAAUCCGAUUUUAAUCGGAGCCAUCCCAACAGCAAUCAUGACGGUCGGGAAAAGCAGCAAGAUGCUCCAGCACAUCGACUAUCGAAUGCGCUGUAUAUUGCAAGAUGGUCGUAUAUUCAUCGGAACGUUCAAGGCGUUUGACAAGCAUAUGAACCUCAUUUUGUGUGACUGUGACGAAUUCAGAAAGAUCAAGCCCAAAAAUUCCAAACAGCCAGAGAGGGAAGAGAAGAGAGUGCUGGGCCUUGUGCUGCUCCGAGGAGAGAAUCUGGUCUCUAUGACAGUAGAGGGGCCUCCCCCCAAAGAUACGGGGAUCGCCCGUGUGCCCCUGGCAGGGGUGGCUGGAGGCCCUGGUGUGGGCAGGGCAGCAGGCAGAGGUGUUCCAGCCGGAGCUCCCAUGGCCCAGGCUCCUGCUGGCCUUGCUGGACCAGUGCGUGGUGUUGGAGGCCCAUCACAACAGGUAAUGACCCCUCAGGGAAGGGGCACAGUGGCUGCUGCAGCAGCUGGCGCCAGCAUCGCCGGUGCUCCCACGCAGUACCCCCCGGGCAGGGGCGGCCCGCCUCCACCCAUGGGUAGAGGAGCACCACCUCCAGGCAUGAUGGGUCCUCCCCCUGGCAUGCGGCCACCAAUGGGGCCUCCGAUGGGCAUGCCCCCUGGCCGUGGGGCUCCUAUGGGCAUGCCCCCUCCAGGCAUGAGGCCUCCGCCCCCUGGAAUGAGAGGGCCCCCUCCUCCGGGCAUGCGGCCCCCCAGACCCUGAGUCUCUGACAGACGUUGAGCUGUUUUCCUCCUGCUGGAAACCUUGUCUAUGAGCUCUUUGUAUAGUUUAAGUUGAUUUUUUUUUGCCUUUUGUAAUUUUUUUUUUUUAAAUAAAGUGUUUAUUGGAUGGUUUUAAAAUG